AUGGACGAAUUGACUCCAAUUUCAUCUCGUUCGACCUCACCUUUACCAAAGUUCAAUAGUAUUCCUGAUUCUCUGUCAUUUGACAAAAUUAUCGCUGGAGGAACAUGUCCGCCUAUGACAUGUCGUGAUUUCAUGAGAUAUCUUACAUAUGUCGAACACUCUGCCGAGAAUCUUCAAUUUUAUCUUUGGCUUCGCGACUAUUCCGCACGUUUCGAGGCGCUUCCCGAUAACGAGAAGGCUCUUUCUCCAGAGAUAGCCCCAUACUCCCAAUUUUCGGACGUAAAUGGGUUCAAUACGAACAACACCAACUCUGCCAACAGGCCCACUAGACUUGCAACGAAGUUUUUUGCUGAUGCAUUUUUAAUUCCAAAUGCACAUCUAAAAGUGCCACCCCAAACAAAGGGUAAUCCAUUCACCACACCGCCUGGCAGUCAGGGUUCUUCAAAUAACCUUUGGGGUUCUGGGACGGAUUCGGGGAGUAUUACGGGCAUCGACCAUGCAGCGGUUACUGCGGACGCAUUUCAGGCUGUGGAUUUAAAGUGGCAACCUUUCACAAUACAACCAUUCCGUGAAGAAAUCACUCGUAUGAUUGCCAUUUAUGUUGCCGAGGGUUCCCCUCGGGAACUUAACGUCUCGGCCCGUGAUCGUGUUGUAGCCCUGCGUGCAUUGGCUCAGACAACACAUCCUUCGGCCCUUGAUCCUCUCAAGAAAGCCGUCGAAAGCACACUCCGUCACCAGGCUCAUCCAAAUUUCAUCAGAUGGAGUGUUAGAAAUGGAAACGAAUGCAGAGUUGUGUUUGCAUUGUGGUUGGGAACAGUAGUGAUCGCAGCUGGAUUUAUAGUCGCUAUUCUGUUGACCCUUAGCAAUAGGCCAAGGGGAUACAGGGCGUUUGCGGCAAUAGCAUGGCUAAUUGGGAUUUCUACACUGUUUGCGGCUACAAAGGGGAUGUGUGUGGUACUUCAUGGCCUUCAUCAUCGUCAUGUUCAUCCUUGGGAACUAUGGAGCGACGAAAAUGCCCUCGAAAUGAAUGUUGAAUCCAAAUCCUCAUUCGAUAGCAAGAACAGCAGCAAUAGCUACGAAGACGAGCCCUGGGUUGCUCGAUAUGCCAACCGCAAUAUCAUCCAAAAGAUUUUUGACAAAGAAGUUUGGAUCGAGGAACCUGCCCUUAAACAGAUCCAAGAUGCCAUUUUUGUCCAAAGUAUUAUUAUUGCUGCAAUAGUCUCGGCAAUCAUCGCCGGGAUUUUCGUUGCUUUACCGAGUGGAGGCUACUUUCAUUAA